AUGGCCACAGACGCGCUCGAGGAGGCCAAGCGGAUCCGCAACGCGGAUAAGAUGCGCCACGCCCUCUCGAGGGCGAAGGCGGCGGGCGUGACCAGCAAGCAGCUUGAGGAGUACAACGAGUUCCUGAAGCAGCUGGAUAUGGAGACGCUGCUGGUCGUGGCCACGCACAGGGCCGAGAGCGGGGCCCUCAAGAUCGCCAUCGGGGCGGCCCGCGGCGGCGGCGUCGAGUGCGAGGCUCUCGAGGUGGCGGAGAAGAAGCUGGCCGAGCUGGAGGGGCUCGCCAAGUGGCGGCUGGGGAGCGGGGAAGCGAGGGAGCAGGCGAAGACGCCUCGUCGCAAAGUGGCGGUUGAUCAGUCUGGCCACGCUGCGCUCCAGGUCUCAGCCUGGAGCCCAGGAAGUCGCGCGUUGUCGGGCAUCGGUGAGAUCGUGUUUGUCUCCCGCGGGCUGCACGGGAGGGCGGCCGCGCACGCCCGCCGGCCGCUGUUCGACGCAUUCGGACACGCCGAGUCCGGCCAGCGCGCUGGAGUUCUCGGUGGCGUUGCCUGGCGGGGUGGUCGAUCAACUAGGGCCUUGCCGCCAAUCCUGGUCCUCACGGCGGCGGCGAUCGAGCGCGGCGCUGCCAACGUGGCGCGCCUCGUCGUGUCCGGUUUCGCGGGCCUCCUGCGCGCCGCGCAGCUCUUUGCCAUUUCCAGGGGGCAGAUCGCGAUUAUCAAGGGUUUGUUCAUCAUCCGGCUGCCCAUGAUCAAGACGGGUUACCGCAAGGCCACGAUGGAGGUGGUGGUCGUCGAGUGCCCUGCCGUUGUCAAGCUCACGGCAGAGUGGGCCGACGGUGCGAACCUGAGGAGACUGUGCCUCAAUGCGCCUCCGAUCCAGCCUUCCGCCCUGCUUCUGAAGGCGGCAAAGUGUGCACGUGCCCAGAGGGGAGCUUCCGGCGCCCUAGAAGCUCGCCGCUACGCAGAGCUGGCCGCUCGCAUCCUUUUCGGCGCCCCCAGGAGCACGGACGGCCUGCUGGGGCCGCUCACCGCCGCACUCCACAGACUCGGAGGCGGAGUGCCCAGAGUCUUUCGCGCCAUCUUCGGCGUCGUCAUCGGCACCUUCAUCGGCACUGAGCCCAGGAAGCGCAGCCCCACUACCGACACGGAGCCGCUCCGGGCACGGCCAGGUGAGGUGCAGAUGGAGCGCUUGGUUGCAACCGGGCACGUGAACGUGAAGAACGGCCACAUCGACCACCCAGUGAGGAACGAGAUCAGCACGCUCUCGGGCCAGGUGGCGAAUAUGUCGUCUCAGCAGUCGCUCCUCCCUCAGUCGCAGCCGGGAGCGGACAAUGCCGAGGUGAAGCAGGUGGAUGCGGCACUUGCCAACCUCCCGCCGGGGCCAGAGUACGCCUCAGCGAGAGCCGAGCUGACGAAGGCCGCGCAGGCGGCCCGAAUGAAGACUGUGAAGUCAAAGCCGCUCGGCGCCCAGCUGGACUCGUGCAAGGGCGCGAUCGACGCGAUGGCGGACAAGCUCCAGCUGGCCCGUGCGACGGCGACGCAGGAGCAGGAGAGGCUCCAGGCCGAGUUGGCGGAGCUGCAGAAGAAUGCAGCGCAGCAGCCAAGCCAGCCGAACUCCAUAGAGGCAAUGACGUCGGUCCUCGACGACGUCCUGAAGGAGAUGUCGGUAGGCUUCGUGGACCCACAACACGUGGCGCAAGCGAAGGGCCUGAUGCAGCAGCUCGUCACCGGCAUCCACCCGGCGGAGAAAACCAAAGGCCCCGGGAAGUUCCGCUUCAAUCAGUUGGAGUUGAGGAACGGAUGGGCCGUUGAGCGAUUCAAGCGUUACGUGUGGGAUUUCUCACCCAAGCCAGGCACUGUCGACGAACACCUUCGCGAUUUGAAUGCCUACCCGGAGCGCCAAGGACGAUGGCAAGAGCAUUUUGCCGAGGUGUUCAGAGGGGCGAUCGUGAGCAAGGCAUUGCUGCGCGCGCCUGUGCCGCAAGACAUCGUGCGAAGUACGAGUCUCAAGCUGUCGCCUGAGCGGACGGCGCGGGCACGCCGCAAGCUGAAAUCUCAUCGCGGCGUCGGCCCAGAUGAGAUACCCGCCGAGCUCUUGAAAGCAGGGGGGGGCGCCAUCCCUGUAAAGUAUUUCGAAGAGAUUUUCAAGAGGAAGGGGUCGGAUGACGAGUGCGACAACUACAGAGGAGUGUCGUUGUCUGACAAUGCAGGAAAGGCAUUUUGCCCCCAGCUAAGCGAGUGCAUCGAACCGCGCUACAACUCUCGCCUGCCAAUGUCGCAGCACGGCGCAAUUAAAGGAGGUGGGACCGAUGUUGCCCAUCACCUGGUUCGCGCCGUUAUAGAAUAUGCGUCGUUGCAUUGUUUGUCAAUCCUUGUGCUGUUCAUUGAUUUUGUCAAGGCUUUCGACGGAAUCAUCCGCGAACUCAUAUUUGGCUUCUCGGUUUCUUCCCAAGAGUCGCCCGUCGAGUACUUGGCGCCCCUCGGCGUUGACCAGGACGUUGCCGAGUGGCUGGCGUCUUGCAUAUGCUCCGAAGGAGGCGUGUUUGAACAGUGGAACGUGGACCCGAAAGUUACCUCCCUUGUGGCGCGGCUGCACGAGGGGUCGUGGUUCUCGCACGGCUCGCUCGACACAGUUGUGCGGUCGCACAAGGGAGGGCGCCAGGGAUGCGUCUUCGGAGCUACGGUUUUCAACGCGGGAUACUCGGUCCCGAUCAAAAUGCCCCACGAGGAAAUGAGGCGCAAAGGCAUUGCCCUACGCGUGAGAUCGGGGGAGAAGGCGUUCUGGGGCACUACCGAGGACGAAGGGGAGGAAGCCGCCACCGAGGAGGAAAUCAUCGACGCCACGUUCGUGGACGACGAAUGUAUCGCGUUAGCGGCUGCUUCCCCACAGCUCCUCGAUCGUGCUAUCCAGACGCUGCUAGAAGUAUUGUGCCGGCUGUUCCGCUUAUGCGCAAUGGUGAUAAAUUGGGCUCCGGGUAAGACGGAGUGCAUGCUCCGGUAUAGGGGCAAAAACGCCAGCGCGCAUUGGGGGCAGCACAGGCACGAGGACGGCGUGUACGUCAAAUCAGAUCACGAUGGCGCUAUCAAAUUGUCCAUUGUGUCGAAGUAUAAGCAUCUCGGAACAGUUGUCUCCAUCGCAGGCACCUGUAAACCCGAUGCUGAGAAGAGGGCAUCAGCAGCCAUGGACGCAUACGCGCCAGUUGCGAUCCGUGUAUUUCGUGCUCCGAACAUAUCCAUCGCUACAAAGAUGCACGCCGUGAAGGCACGCAUCUUGACAAAGCUGAUGUUCCAUGCGCGCGUUGUCACGCCAGACGCGCAUUUCGCGCGGACGUUGAACCAGGUGUACAUGAGGGUGCUACGGCGCAUUGUGGACAAGGUCCGGUUUGGGCCAGGGCAAGGCACGGACCUGCAAUCCCUGGACAGCGCCGACAGGGCGCUGUGCCGGAAGGCAUAUAAGGAGGGGCAUGUCACGCCCUUGGCUGCAGGAGCGGUGAAGACCGCCGCAAGAGGCACCACGGGAAGUGACAAGAGCUGA